AUGGGCAACAUGGCACUGGCGGGGAUCCCCCCCGAAAUUACGAUCGAGAUGAAUCUGGAUUGGUCCGAAUUCCCGCCUUGGAGCGUAAUGUGGGUUGGGUUGUACUUGGAUAUGAUAUGCACACCUCUUCAAUGUGCUUGGCGAAAUUAUGUCCCUUUCGGACUGGCUGAUCCAGGGGGGUGGUUAUCAGAACAAUACGCAGCUAGCAAUAUUGUGAACAUGCUGGACACGCCAUUAACCUUUGAGGCAUUUCAAGCAAAAAAGGGCUUCGAUGUCACACCUGGCUCUGGUUUUUUUGCUGGAUGGCAAGACUUUAACCAAUGGUCCCAAUCAGCAUAUGAGUACGCAUUCCACACGCCCUCAACUUCCUUUUCAAAUCUAUUCACCCCUACCGCACUGGUGACGGUGGCUUUGCUGGUCAUGCUUUUCAAAGGCUUCAAGGCAGUGGUUAUGCCCCGAUUUCAAUCCAUUGGACGCUCGCUUGCUAGGUCAGCACAUGGAGACGAGUGGGUCGAACAGAAUGACGAACGAAUUUAUAAAUUUGGGGAGUACGUCUAUCGGCUGGUGUAUCACUCUUCCAUCAGCAUUGCCGCCUUGUACUUCUACUUUCACGCUCCUUGGUGGGAUGAAAGCCGGGGCGGCACUAUCAAUUUUUAUAAAGGAUUUCCCUUCGAUCCUGUGUCUCCUGCCAUGACGUGGUACUAUGUGUUUCAGGCUGCCUACAAUGUGGAUGCCAUGAUCAGUUUGCUACAAAUAUCCUUCAAUGUCACUUUGUUUCCCAGCGAUUCUGUUUUUCCCAUAUCGGUUGGCUGGUCGGAAACUGUCCGAGGUGAUUUCAACGAAAUGAUGGCGCAUCACAUUGCUACCAAUGCCCUGAUUUAUCUAUCAUCCUAUUUUGCCCAAACACGAAUUGGCUCGGCGGUUUUCUGGAUGCAUGAUAUCUCGGACGUCCCAGUGGAUCUGUGCAAACUUGCCAAUUUUGUCAAGUGGAAGUCAGCCACGGUUUUUGCCUUUAUCUUUCUGAACUUGGUCUGGGCGUACACUCGCUUGGGUGUUCUUCCCUUCACCAUAUUGAGAUCACUCCACUCGGAAUCUUACGAAACAAUACGGGGUGCGGAUAGAAUGAACGUGGCCUACUACGCCUUCCAACCAAUGUUCAUGGGACUGUUGAUGGUCCUUGUUAUCCUUCAUUCUGUAUGGUUCUCCAUGUUUAUCAAAAUGGGAUACAUACUGGCAACCAAGGGAGAAACCCACGACAUCACAGAACACAAAAAGGGAGAAAAGCAAGACGUUCCCAAUGGCAAUGGUGUUCCCAACGGCAAUGGCGUUCCCAAUGGCAACGGUGUUGCGGUCAACGGCAACAUCAAAAAGACCAACUAG